CUACUCUUCCCCACAGAUAAGGCCCCGCCCCGGAUAGAAACGUAACAAGACGUAUGUGAUUCUCUGCGGAAGUGAAAGACGACGACAGAGACAGAAACAAAUAAGUUGUUUAUUAAGCUUGGCACAUCUGUUCCGGUAGUCAACAGUAACGAUGUUAGGCGGAGGAUUUAAAGCAGAGAGACUAAGAGUGAACCUCCGACUGGUUAUCAACCGACUUAAACUUUUGGAGAAGAAGAAAACUGAACUUGCACAGAAGGCAAGGAAGGAGAUUGCUGAUUAUCUGUCAGCUGGAAAAGAUGAGCGGGCCAGGAUUCGUGUGGAGCAUAUCAUCAGAGAGGACUACCUGGUAGAAGCCAUGGAGAUCCUGGAGGUUUACUGUGACCUGCUAUUGGCUCGCUUUGGUCUCAUUCAGUCAAUGAAGGAACUGGAUCCAGGCUUGCAGGAACCAGUGUCCACCCUAAUUUGGGCAGCACCUCGUCUGCAGUCUGAAGUGUCCGAACUAAAAAUUGUGUCCGAACAGCUAUGUGCAAAAUACAGCAAAGAGUAUGGUAAGCUGUGCAGGACCAACCAGAUUGGCACUGUCAGUGACAGGUUGAUUCACAAACUCAGUGUAGAGGCCCCUCCCAAGAUCUUGGUGGAACGCUAUCUUAUCGAGAUAGCCAAGAAUUACAAUGUACCAUAUGAAUCUGAUGCCAUGGUCCGGCCUGAAGUGUGUCCUGGAGAAGAGGCAGACCUGAUUGAUGUGGACACUGACAAGAAGCAUGGGGGUGGAGGUGGUGGUGGUGGUGGUGGAGGUGGUUUCUCUGCACCACCUGCUGCUAAUAUGCAAAUGCCCAUGCCCAUGCCCAUGCCUAUGCCUAUGGGAUUCAAUUAUCCAGCACCCAAAGGAGCUGCACCGUUUAAUGCACCUGUUGGAACCUAUGGCAACUUCCAGCACCAAAUGAGCGGAGGGCAGCCCCCACAGUUGCCCUCUUCUCCUCCCACAUAUGAGUCUAUUGAUGACCUAACUGACACGCCCUCUGUUCAUUCCCAGGCUGUAGGUCCUGGACCCUCUCCUUUUGAAAACAACGCUUUCCCAGAGCUCCCCUCUGUUCCUGACACACUCCCCACAUCUUCCUACGGUGGCGCCAGCACCAACACGGAAGACAUCGAUUUUGAUGAUUUAACAAGGCGGUUUGAGGAGCUGAAGAAGAAGACUUAAUUGUUCUGCCCCAGGUUCACACACCUGCACACAUGAGUCCACACAAACACACACACACACACACACACACACACACAAAUACAAGGGUGUGUGUGUUUUAAAAGAUCAGAAUAGGAAUCAAUAGGGUUGUAGGUUCUUAAUAAGAUUUAGAUACAGAACUUUUUCUCUUCAAGCUGAAAUAAUUAUAUACAAACACACCAACAGAAUAUAUUCUUACCUUGUUUAUAUAAAUAUGUCCUGAUUGAUCAUUGCACAGCUGCUCCUUCCACACGGUCAUUUAUCAAAAAUGUUUUUUGUAGUUGUAGGAACUACUUUGUGCUUUUUUUGCCUAUAAGUUACAUUUUACAGUCUUGUUGAUCUUUUCUUCAUUUAAAAAUCAGAAUGGUAUCCCGUUUCCUUAUGUCAGUGUUUUGCACCAUUACACUAUUUUUAACUUUGGAUUUUUCGUUUGACUUACCGUACACUUAUCGCUAUUGCCUUUAUUCUGCUUUAAACGUGCUGUUUCCUUGUGAUUAUCGGUUUUGUCUGUGUCUUGGUUUUGGCUCAGACCUGUUAGACCAGUUUCACUGGCCUCCCCAGUUUGGUAGAAAGUUGGCCUUCACAUUGACAAAGACUUGCAUCUUGUUUCCAGUCUGACGGCAGUCUAUAGAAAGCGUCAAAUAAAUGUGAGCCAUUUUUAGUGGUUUCAAUGGUUGUGUGGGUAAGCUCCUCUCACAGGUGGUGGAUGAGCUUUGAGUGACACCAAGAUACUUUUCUAAUUUUCUGACUGGUAGGAAGGGGUGUGAGUGCGUGAAAAAUAUGUACUAUAACCAAAUUGCAAUCAUUAAGAAGGACAUAUUAGUGGGAUAAUUAUACUGUACAGUCAAAAUGAGGAUCUGAGAAUCAAUUUGUUUGCCUUUUGAAUAUAAGUUUUAACAGAAACUCAGUAUAUUUAAGUGUCUUUUUUCCGCAAGAACAAGCAACGCAACGACAUGAUUAAACGUGAUUGAAGUGAACAAAAUGAAAUACACGUUGACCACAGAAAACCUGUGUUUGUCCUUGGCUCACUCUGACGUGUGUCUUCGUACUGAAUUUGCCUUAGUUCACAUCUUUUGAGAGAUGCCUUGUCAGUCGUCAUGAGAACAAUACCUUAUCCAUUGUUAAAAUCUGAACUUUGAAACCCUUAAGUUUUCUAAAGUCAGGUGGUUUAAAAGUCUGACAUGUCGGCAGAAGUUGGAAGAGAAAUUAAGAAAGAGGAGAUUUGUUUCAGACAUGAGACAUUCUGGUGUAACCUAAUCACCCAGUUUGCAUUGGAAAUGAAUGAAGAAGAAAGCUUUUCUCGUGGUCAACAAACACGUAAAAGUGUCCAGUAUUGUCAGAGUAAACGGCAAAGAGAGAUUAACACUACACUACUGUGAUCUGCUCACUGUCUUUUCUACUCAGACUGUUCUUAAAUACUUAAAUACACCUCAAUACACAAAAGUGUAUUGGCUCAACGUUUUUUCAAUGUAUUGCAAAAAAAUAUUAACUGAAUAAAAUGAUAUUUGGAACUGGAAA